AUGGAUUCCGGUGACGACGAAUUCCGUCCGCGAUCGUCCUUUGCAGGCCAGAAGCGCAAAGUCAGAGAUAUAAGCUCCUCCGAUGAGGAAGAAGAAGCCAGCACAUCGCGCCCGUCAUUUGGCUUUCAAGGAUUCCGUCGAGCUGCUUCCCGCUCAGAAUCUCCUCCAUCGAUGACUGGCUUGGGUGGCGGCGCUGGUCGCAGCACCUGGAACAACAUGGCAUCCACUCCAUCAGCUACAAUGCAAAAUCGCGGGCGUGGAGGAAAAGGUGGAGGUGGAGGGGACAAGAAGGGCUCUGCUAUGGGAGGGAAUUCAUUCGCGGCCCGAAUGAUGGCUAAGAUGGGCUACGUUGAAGGCCAAGGUCUUGGUUCAACAGGUCAGGGUAUCAUCAAUCCGGUAGAGGCGCAGGCACGCCCACAAGGAAUCGGUCUUGGCGCUGUCAAAGAGAAAUCAAAACAGGCAAGGGAGGAAGAGAAGCGACAGACUACUGCCAGAGGCGAAGUCAUUGAAGAUAGUUCUGACGAAGAGCGCCAAAGACGCCAGAAGCGCAAGGCUCAGCGUAAAGUGGAUGGCCGGAGCGGAACGAUAACACCAGCAGCUCCACCAAAACCAAGAUUCCGGACAGCUCGUGAAUUGGAGGCAGAGGUCGAAGGUCUCGUUGUUCCCAACGUGCUCAAGUCGCUGGUCGACGCCACGGGGAAAGAGCAGAAAGUUUUGACAUCGACCGCCGGUCUAAUGACUCCUAUGGAGUUCGUCAAUCAAACAGAAGGAGAAGCUUUGAAGAUUGCAAGACGUGCGCGUCAUGAUCUCGAGGCAUUCAUCGAUGAAUGGAAAGGUCUAACCGAGCGGAAAAAGUUCAUCGAUCUCGAAGAAAGUCAGGUGGUCGAAGAAAUGGACGUUCGGCAAGCCAAAUCAGAGCAAUUGACACGCCUGGUAUCGGCUCUUGAAAAUAUUAAAAUCAUGGAAAAGAAAGAAACUAUUCUGCAGCGUUUUGAAGAAGUCACAAGCAAGCUUGAAUUGAUUGAAGUUGAAUAUCGCGAUGUCAUCGACGAAUACCGGCUUUCGGACGCGGCUGUUGCAGCUAUCCAUCCGCUUUUCCGUGAAGCAAUGGAAGAGUGGGAUCCUUUAAAGGAUCCUACUUUUCUUGUUGCUGACAUUCUGCGUUUACUUCCGCUACUCUCCAGGAAACGUCAGGAAGAAGAACAGAGUGAAAUGCGCCAGCGGCAGUCUACAUCAUCUUACGAAAGUCUAAUAUAUUCAAUGUGGCUUCCUCGAGUACGCACAGUUCUUUUGAAUGAGUGGGACGUCUUUGAUCCUUCGCCUGCUACAUCCUUGGUUGUUGCUUGGAAGGAUGUUAUUCCUGCGUUUGUCUAUUCGAAUAUCCUCAAUCAAGUGAUAGUGCCGAAGCUUAGUAUUGCGAUUAAGGAGUGGAAACCUCGCAGCAGUCGCCGGCAUGCCGAAACACCCCAGCAUAGCUCCCGCUUCCCCUGGUGGCUAUUCACCUGGCUACAGUAUUUGGACGAACACCACACUAAUCCUAGACACGCAACCGGCCUGCUAUCUGACGUGAGACGCAAGUUCAGGGUUGUCCUAGACACAUGGGACCUGCGCAAGGGCUUGUUGGACGGUAUCGAUCUCUGGAAAGAGGCUCUUGGAUCGGAGUUUGAUGUUGCGCUUCAGAGGCACCUACUUCCACGGCUUGCACGCCACUUGCGGGAAGAUUUCCAAGUAAACCCACAGGAUCAAGACUUGGUAGCCUUUGAAGACGUGCUGAAAUGGAAAGAUUUUUACAAAACCAAAGUCUUCGGGUUACUUCUCGUUGCUGAAUUCUUUCCGAAAUGGCACAAUAUACUUUAUAUUUGGUUGACAAACGAGCCCAACUUUGAGGAAGUGGGCGAGUGGUUCACAUGGUGGAGAUCUCAGAUCCCUCCCGAGCUCAAUGAGAUUGGAGUAGUCGAUGAUGAAUGGACAAAGGGUCUGAAAAUGAUGGACUUGGCCUCGCAACUUGGUGAUCGAGCCGCAACAGAACUUCCAGCACCUGAAGCAGCGCCUACAGCAGCACCUAUCACUGCUGCCGGUCUCCGACCAGAUAAAGCUGCGCCAGUCUUGACACAGAAAGCAAAGCCUGCCCCCAUCAAAGAGAUCUCCUUCAAGGAUAUUGUGGAAGAGUGGUGCGCGGAUCAAGGCCUUAUCAUCCUUCCCUUGCGCGAAGCGCAUCCACAGAACGGCCAACCCUUAUUCCGUAUUACUGCUAGUGCGAGUGGGAAGGGUGGUGUCAUAGCUUUCUUACAAGGAGAUGUUGUCUGGGUACAGAACCGAAAGGCGCGAGAUAUCUGGGAACCGAUGGGUUUAGAAGAUCAACUCGUCGAGCGUGCAGAAGGCAAAUGA